AUGGAAGCUCCUGACAAAAUCGUCGGACCAUUCACGCAAUGGAAUCCCGACAUCCAGCGAUCGGACACGAUCAAGUUGGAUGACUUGGAAAUUACCUUCAAUCGCUUCACUCCCGCUGCUGGUGGUUCUUCUCGCGAUGACAUGCCUCCAUCGAUUGGCUCGUUCCCGCUGUUCAAUGCCAGCGAUCACACAGCGAAGGUCGCCCAGAGAGGUGACCGUGUUAUUACCAUGUCUCAGCGCGAGGCCAUGUCUGUCAGCUUCUCCUCUCAAAAGGAGUACACCAUCAAGAUCUACUCGGGCAGUGUCAACGCCAUCUCGGGAGAGCUGACCGUUGACACAACGGAGCCCCCUCUUCAUCGUCUAAACCUCAUUCAAGGCGGAAGUUUCGCUCAGAAUUACACCCUGGUGCUCCCACCGGGCUGUGAGUCUCAGGAUGCUGGUCAUGAUACCAUGGGGAUGCUGCGCUUUGAGAUCUCUCGUCUGGACCGUUCCCCGACCGAAAGUUAUGAAGGUCGCUUCAAAAGCCCGAGAUAUGCGAUCAAACUGCACGGCUUGUUUUCCAACGUGUUUUUCUCGGUUCAUGACGGUACUCCUAUCACCGAUCUCAUUUUCACGCUUCGAACCGCUGGUUGCAAGUCUCGUGACAAUCGUGACAAUAUGACCCCUACUUACACCAUCCGUCAUAACGGCAAGUUCUUAGGACCGGAUGAUACCCUGGGCGACCACAAAGUGCAGGAUGGGGACACGAUUUACGCCUCGACAGACCGACACAGAAUCGUCGGGUUGUCCGGCUAUCCAGAGUAUGGCGACAGUGCCAGAGAGAUGAACACCGUGGCGUUCGACAUCCACAUUCUGAACAAAACUCAUACGCAUUUCCCCCUUUCCAUCCACACCAUCUUCAAGACUCCCUUGGCCCAUCACAAAAACAUUGCGAGAAAGCUUUUAAAAACGGCGCAGGAUCUCACCCAGUGGGAUCCCAAAAUCCCGUUGUCGGACACCAUCAAGCUAGAUGGCUUGGAAAUCACCUUUCACCGAACCGUUCGUUUACCAGACAACUUCGACGAGAACAAGCUGCCCCCAUCACUCGGUCAGUUCCCGCUGUUCAAUGUCGGCGAAUACGCAGCAAAGCUUCCCUCAGUGAUGGCCCAGAAGGGCGGCCUCUUCUUUCCCAUGUUCCAGCGCGAGGCAAUGUGGAUUGGCUUCUCCUCCCAGAAGAAAUACGCCGUCAAGAUCUACUCGGGCAACGUCAACGUCAUCUCAGGCGAAACGGCCGUCGAAACUGCUAAUACCUCUCUCCAUCGCAGCAGACUUCUCAAAAAGGGCAAGACUAUAUAG